UCCACUGUAUUUGUUCUGCUCUCUGAGCUCGUUAUCAGUGAGCAACACACACAGGAAGUCCUGUCUGGGAUUGUCCAUUCCAAUCCUGAUUUAUACAGGAAGAAAAGCAUAAAAAGCCUCCCUUCCACCUCUAAAGGGACCUCCUGCCUGCCUGAAGCACCAGUGACCAGCCACGAUGGGGAGGCACAAGAAAGGAGCAGAUGCAGCCAGCUGGGGAGGAAAGGCCUUGGCCAUGCAGCAGUGGCGGCAAACAGCAGAGGAGGUGGCCGCUGGGUUGUGGAGAGUUGCUUGGAGCAGGAGAAGGUGGCCCAUUUCCCAUGGCCGCUGCAGUGGGAUGCAGAGAGGAGGCGAGGACGUAGCAGGGUGCAGCCAUGGUGGAGGGAUGAAUUCACUAAGCAAAGAAUAAAAGAACAAGGAAUUGUAGGUGAUGAGCUGACGGGCAAGCUUUUGACACUCUCUUCAUCGGCCAUGGGAAGCUGACUGCAUGAGUCAGCAACACAGAUACAGUGGCUGGACUCAGACCCUGUCCACCAUCAUUAAAUCUGGAUCUACUGUAGAUCAGAGUGGAAUUAGCAGUGGGUAAGAAAUCAUGGUGCCGUUUAAAGGAAGCAUCCUCCGUUCAUGACAAAUGACUGAUUUCAACAGAUCAGGGUUCCCCACUGAAGAGACACAUGCAGUAAGAGCCAGUGCUUCCCAUCAAAGAGCGACACCCCUUCAUGCCACACAAUAUCACACAGCAGGAAAGAAAGAGCCGGCAGAGGGCAGGAAAUGCAGAGAAUCAGCUGUCUCCUCACGGGAUUUGUCUUAAUCCUUGGUGUGACCAGCGCUGAGCGUUUUGCCCGGUCAGGCUGCAGGGUGUGCUCUGCAGAGAUGCAGAACAGAGCCGCUUCAUAUGUGGAGUCCCACGUGCAGCCUGUCUACCAGCCCUACCUCACAACGUGCCAGGGACACCGGCUCUGCAGUACGUACAGAACCACAUACAAGGUUGCCUAUCGCCUGGCCUACAGGAGAUUUUCCCAGCCCAUCUAUAUGUGCUGCCCUGGAUGGAGACGGGCAAACAGCCACGCAGUCGGAUGCAGCAAAGCCAUUUGCAGGUUGCCUUGUCAAAACGGCGGGAGCUGUUCAGCCCCAGACAGAUGCACCUGCCCCCCAGGAUGGAUGGGGAAAUCCUGCCAGACAGAUGUGGAUGAAUGCGCUGGCCCGAGCCACGGCUGCAGCCAGCAUUGUGCCAACACGCCUGGGAGCUACAGAUGUGCCUGUCGGGCUGGGCAAAGGCUCUCCACCGAUGGGAAAUCAUGCCAGGCUUCGGAUCCACCCACUGAGGUGGAGGCCUCCCCCGCCCUCAACCGAUCAGGUGCCUCCAGUGAAAUGAAGGAAGAAAUGCAAGCCCUCCGGAGCCGGGUGGAAGUGCUGGAGCAGAAACUCCAGUUAUUGUUGGCUCCAUUCCAUAACCUCAUGCCAUCGGCAGCAGAUGACAUUAGCACAGACCCCAUCAGCCAGCUGUUCUACUCCCUGCGGCAGCUGGAUAGAAUCGAGUCCCUGAGUGAGCAGAUCUCCUUCCUGGAGGAGCGACUGGAGACAUGUUCAUGUAAGAAUGAACGCUAAUAAGAGAGAGGAGCAGACUGGAUUUCCUGUCUCAGCACCCUUUGACCCAGCCUGCCGAAAGAGGCCACGAUACCUUCUGCACAACAUGGGAUGGAGCCAUAAAGAGCUUAUUUUGAUACGAAAGGGCCUAGGGUGUUUUUCUAAGAAUUAAGCUGCUUGGAGACUGAUUUUAAAUUGGACUUAGGUUUUGCCCUUAUGGCAAAGUUGUAGGAGAUGCUCAGGGUAAUAAACACUUUCUUCCAAGCACUUGGCCAGCUGGCACAGCAUCAGCCAGUGCCAUACAAGAGACUUGUUAAAAGCAAAACCAUGUGGUGCUUAAUUUGUUUGUGACUAAGUGAGGGGAAACCCUGGGCCAACAAUUAAUCAUGUGGUACAGCAGCAUGAAAUGAGCUGUGCAAGCAGCAGAUUGUUUAGCUUAGAAGCCUAUGUUCUUAGAGAACUAUAUAGCCAGACUUUGCUCUUACUGACAUCCAGGGGAAAGUUUUGCCUAACUGCACAUUAUUUCACUAUUAGAGCAGGGAGGAGACAGGAGGGCUGGAUUCUGCUCUUAGGCUUUUCCACUAACUCCUUUUUAUAGAUGCCUGAAAUUCAAACAGAUUCAAAAUGCACCAAGUCAAAUCUGGUCACUAAAACCUUCCCUCAAAGGGAACUAGUAUACAUUCUCCAUUUGAAAUGCUGGGGGGAGGGGGACGGGAAGAGGAUAGAGAUAAUCCCUUAAACUGGCUUCAUUUACACACUGAAGCCUGGCCCACUUGCUUGUCUGUGACAAGAUAACCAGCUAGUUUUGCCAGCUAAACCAGGCUUGGCUCAGACUGGAACUAGGAGUGGCGGAACAGAUGCACAUUGCCAGCUUGCUGUGGGCAAAGCCUGCAGUGCUCAUGCCUCUUUGCAUGGUUAGCUUAAGGCUGCUGGAGGAAGGAGCCUAAUGUUUAUAGAGAACUAAUGAGUCUAUGGUACAAUGCUUUCCUACUUGUAAACAGCCAGAGACUUGAGGUCUAUUAUAGCCAAGCACUGUGUAGGGUGGUGCAGUUUUUGUAUUAAAGUUAUGUUCUGUACAGCUCUCGGGUAUGGGUUUGUCAUUGGUUGGUCAAGAUGCUGAGCCAUGAAGGAGGCCUAGUGGAAUCCAGUUGUUUAGGGAAGUUAUUCUACCCUAUGUCAUGACUUCACCCGUAGGAGCCUAAGGCCACACUUACUGCUGAAACAGAGGCGAGCUGGGGAGGAUAGCAGCUUCCUUUUGCUUGCAGCCAAGGUGCAACUUGAUGUAAAUGCACACACCCAGAUAGGAAGCUGCAGGUAGAGAUGUCUGCAUUUCUCCCCACUUCCUGGUCCUGCCUAUGGCAAGGGGACCAUAGUCAUGGUAGCCCUGGGGAAGGGUUGCAGUAGCAUCUCUUCUCUGCCUGCAGGGGGCAACAGCGUCCAGCAGGAAGCUGAGGGUAAAAACAACUGUAUAGGGAACAUGACCAGUCCCAUCACCCAUACAUAGGAACAUGGACACUAGAAGCCCUGAAGUUACUGGAACCCUUUAGGGCAGGCACCAGCUCUGCUUGUGCCUAGUGGAGGGCCCACUGCCAGCUGUGCCUAUAGCCUGUUCCUCUGCCCUGGGGAAACAGGAGCAGAAGAGAAGGGUUGCUAAGGAAGCAACUCAAGACUAGCAAAUCUUUUCUGCUCCUGUCUCCUGCUGGUGCUUUUACAGGGAGGAGAGGGUACUUACCUUAGGGUUAGGAGAACAGGAGCCCAGGCUGUCCUCUCCCAGACCUUCAGCCACACCUGGGUUUGAAAGUCUUGUGUGCCCAGGAACUGCCUGGCAUACACUGCACUGUAGCCAUGUGCACCCAGGAUGUUACCAUGGAGUCCCACCAGUCGGUAGAGAUCCGCUUUAUAUCCAGACAUCUGCAGCUGGCCAAUGAGAUGCGAAUCCAAAAUCUGUAUUGGUGCAGGGCUUUACACACCACAUUGUAAACUAGACCUCACUGUAGAAGCUUGGACAAAAAACACCUUUUACUCCCUUAUGCAGAGUCAUUCAGUCCAGCUCGUUAGCUGCCAAAGCUCACUUGGCCAACCUCACCCCAGCUUUCAGGGCUUGGUUAUGAGAACACCAAAGAUUUUCUACAAAAUUGGUAAUUAGGCAGGAUCUCUGCAGUAAUCCUUACAGCCAUGCAAUCUUUGACAUUUAUUGUACACAAACUAACAUGUAUCCAUGUAGUAAAUAGCGAUGCAUUUCAGUGGAAGCAGCAGAAACUGCCUACAGCUUUGCUCCAGACAAGGCUCUCUUUGCCCGUUACCUCACCAUGCUCAUGGGGCAAACAUGUAGCUAGCGACAGAAUCUCAAAUACCAAAGGGAAAAUGGACAAUAUUGGGUACACUCCCCACCCACAGUAAAAGCUCCUCCAGGCAAUAAGUUCAACUUAAACUGGGUUCUAAACAAACUCCACACAAGACUUUCUAUUUAAAUAACUGCUUUAUAAGAAUGUACAUUUGAUCAAACAUACAUUGUUUAAACGACUAAAAAACAGAACAGCAGACAACUGCCUUUGUGCACGCUCAAUCUCUUUUCCCACUUCGGUCAUAAACAGACAGACAAAUUUAUACAUCUGAUACAGAGUCAUCUUUGGCCAAAGAAAAAUAUCCACCCGUUACAAGCACCCUACCAUCCCAACUGCUCACUCUACACAGGAGCUGCUGGGCAGGAGGGUAUGAAAUCUCCCCAAGAAUUUGGAUAUAGCCACUUUGUCUGCCGUUCUUAUGGAAGGAAAAAAAAAGUGCUGCUUUGGAUUUCAGAACUGAAGAGCAGGAGGAUUGGUUCUGUACUGAAAUCAGAUUUCAACAGAUGGACGCUCGAAUAUUCAUUUGUAAACACGGCUCUAGCUGCAGCUCUGAACCAUGUGGAGCUACCUACUCCCAGCAUCCUCUAUUUGGUUUCUCCCAGUUCUGCAUUAGUGCUUUUUAAGCAUUCGAUUUGGUGUCCUUUAUAGAAAAAAUAGGAAUUCCGUGAUUGAGACAGCAUCAUCAUCUCCAAUGCCACCCACUGAGCAGGAGGCUUGGGGAUGAUGCAUUGCACAAGAUUACUUUACAUGAAGAGAUGCACUGCCUUUGUCAACUUGAGGCAACAUUCCCACAAGGCCUCUAAGCAAAUCCCUGGGAGUUUUCAUGGUCAAGGCCUGCUCCCCCAGGGAGCAUAAACAUCUCUGCUGUUACUCCCUUUCAGGAGCUCUAUAUUUCUACUGCUGGGUGAGGAGAGUCAAACUCAGUUACCAGGAAUCCCUCUAGCUGCUAUUUCCAGCUGGCAAAUUCAGACCGAAGGAAAUAUUGAUUCAGGGCCAUAAUACCCCUCUCCCAUCCAGCAUGUUUUACAUCUCCAGCACCAUGGCUUUCACCUAACACUAACGGUCCUAGUAAGGCUAACAUUCUGAGACAUGUUUGUAUGGCAGGCACUGUCUUUUGGUCGAUGUGCAGUGUGUCGAACAGCACAGUAUAGCCCUUAGGAAGCAAGAGCAGCAGCGAAGAGUCUAGGUACAAAACCUAGAUUAAAAACAACUUUAAACAAAACAUUUGAGCACUGAAAGCAUUGCAACAAAUACCAAGGAAGUGCCACAUCUACCCUUCCCUCAGCCCGUCAUACCUGGCUCUAUCCUAAAGGCAAGCCAUCACGUGGAGUACAAGAGUAUAUACUAAAUCAGGGACGCUGGCUGUAAUGCAAAACAAUGGGGAUGAGCAGAGAAGAGUCCCUGUCUCUUGUGGGGUUGUCUCAUCCUUUUAGUUUAGUUCUUGGCAUGUUAAUGCAUCACUUACAAACCCCAGGGAUUUUGUUUAGAGAGCCUGAUGGCUGCCAUAAUGCAAACCUCUAUGGGGAUGCUAAGUGUUUAGAUAAAAACCUACCAAGACACUAUACCACAGGUUUGGUUGAGUGUUUUAGGUUUCCAUGUUCCCCCCUCUUACGCCAUCCCUAAAUGAGUCUGCAUGGAGCUUGUCCACUCAGUGGACACAAACUUGACUUCAUUAAGGGACAGCAUCAAGAGUAGCUGGCCCCAUAAGGCCCACCUGUCCUAGCCCAGAGACCCAAAGGAAGCAUGUUUAGAGGCCCACCUGAAGAAAGCCUUAGGCUGCAAGAUGGCCAGAAGUACUGCUGGGGAAUUCACUCUGUCUGGAGAGUGAGCAAGGGACUGACAUCUGUACAAAGCUUGCCCCAGGAUUUCUGGUAAGAGCAUCCUGCACAUUUCAGUUCCCUGUUACGACUUGGCCAUUCCAUCAGGAAGGGGUGAGUGGUUGGUCUCCCAUCUUUGUGUCUGAGCAGAAUCACAGGUGCUUAGUGUCUU